AAAAGCCUAGAAGGGACGAUAAGAGCGCUAUGGCGUCCACACUAGCGCCAUUUUGGGGCUUGUACUACUUUUCUCUCAACUUCAAAUAACAAGGUUGGCUGAGAGACAAGAUGGCGUGUGUGCAAGGAGGGCGGAGAACGGAGGAAGGGAAAAGCUUGCAUUCUUGAAAGUGUAAACAAAGAAGCGGAAGGCCUAACCUGACAGGCUUUAAGCCUCUAGGGCAUGUAGGCAAGGGCUGUGAAGAAGACGUUUCUUAGAACCGCCAGAGAUCUGGUGUUGGCGGGGGAAGAGAGCCAUGCUGCUGGAAGAGGCGGGGGAGUCUGGAACGAGCAUGCGCAGCGUAGGUCAAUGGCGGGCUACCGAUACUGGCGGAAGACUGCUUUCCAGCAUGGCGGCGGAGGUAGAUGGGCCGUUCAAGAAGGCGCUGGUGCCGAUUCUGUUACCAGAGAAAUGCUACGAUCGGCUUUUUGUUCAGUGGGACUUGCUUCAUGUUCCCUGCCUCAAGAUUCUCCUGAGCAAAGGCCUCGGGUUGGGAAUUGUGGCUGGGUCACUUCUUGUAAAGCUGCCUCAGAUAUUUAAAAUCUUGGGGGCCAAGAGUGCAGAAGGACUAAGUCUCCAGUCAGUAAUGCUGGAGUUGGUGGCAUUGACUGGAACCAUGGUCUACAGCAUCACCAACAACUUUCCCUUCAGCUCUUGGGGUGAAGCCCUGUUCCUGACACUCCAGACAAUCACCAUCUGCUUCCUGGUCAUGCAUUACAGAGGAGAGACUGUGAAAGGAGUCGCUUUUCUCGCCUGCUAUGCGCUGGUCCUGCUGGUGCUGCUUUCAUCACUCACACCUUUGGCUGUAGUCACCCUGCUCCAGGCCUCCAAUGUGCCUGCUGUGGUGAUGGGGAAGCUGCUCCAAGCAGCCACCAACUACCAUAAUGGGCACACAGGCCAGCUUUCAGCCAUCACAGUAUUUCUGCUGUUUGGAGGCUCCCUGGCCCGAAUCUUCACCUCCAUUCAGGAAACUGGAGACCCCCUGAUGGCUGGAGUCUUCGUGGUCUCCUCCCUCUGCAAUGGCCUCAUUGCUGCCCAGGUUCUCUUCUACUGGAAUGCCAAGCCUGCCCACAAGCAGAAAAAGGAACAGUAGAGCUGAGCCAGCUACUAGACUCAUUCCAUUGAUCCACGUACAUCAGGGUCCUCCCACAUGACCCAGCCUUCCGGUUUGACUUACCCAUCUUCCAUUCCUCUACAAUGGCAAUUCCUGAGCCAGGGUUUGUGGAAAUAGUAAAGCUUUUCUAAAGUCCUUUUCCUCUA